CCCGCGGCCGCGUCCGCCCGAACAUGGCGACGCGGAGCAGCAGGAGGGAGUCGCGACUCCCCUUCCUCCUCGCCCUGGUCGCGCUGCUGCCGCCCGGGGCCGUGUGCGCGGCGGGGGCGCAGACGCUGCUCGGCGGCCGCGCGCCCCUGCCCCAGGAGCGGGGCGUCCGCGUGCUGCGGGGCGAGGCGCGCGGGGGGCCGCGGGGGGCGGCCGAGGCGCCGCCGCGGAGGAGACGGAGCGCAGCCCUGCAGCCCGAGCCCCUCCAGGUGUACGGACAGGUGAGUCUGAAUGACUCCCACAAUCAGAUGGUGGUACACUGGGCCGGAGAGAAAAGCAACGUGAUCGUGGCCUUGGCGCGGGACAGCCUGGCACUGGCAAGACCCAGGAGCAGCGAUGUGUACGUGUCUUACGACUACGGAAAAUCAUUCAAGAGAAUUUCCGAGAAGUUGAACUUCGGCGAGGGAAACAGCAGCGAAGCGGUGAUCGCCCAGUUCUACCACAGCCCCGCGGACAACAAGCGCUACAUCUUUGCAGACGCUUAUGCCCAGUACCUCUGGAUCACCUUUGACUUCUGCAACACCCUCCAAGGCUUUUCCAUCCCGUUCCGGGCAGCUGAUCUCCUUCUGCAUAGCAAGGCCUCCGACCUCCUCCUGGGCUUUGACAGGUCUCACCCCAACAAGCAGCUGUGGAAGUCUGACGACUUUGGCCAGACCUGGAUCCUGAUUCAGGAACACGUGAAGUCCUUUUCUUGGGGUAUCGAUCCCUAUGACAAGCCCAACACCAUCUAUGUGGAGCGGCACGAACCCUCCGGCUACUCCACGGUUUUCAGAAGUACGGACUUCUUCCAGUCCCUGGAGAACCAGGAGGUGAUCCUUGAGGAAGUGAGAGACUUCCAGCUCCGGGACAAAUACAUGUUUGCUACAAAGGCGGUGCAUCUUCUGGGCGGUCUACAGCCAGCUUCUGUCCAGCUCUGGGUGUCCUUUGACAGGAAGCCGAUGCGAGCAGCCCAGUUUGUUACAAGACAUCCUAUUAAUGAAUAUUACAUCGCAGAUGCCUCCGAGGACCAGGUGUUUGUAUGCGUCAGUCAUAGUAACAACCGCACCAACUUAUACAUCUCAGAGGCAGAGGGGCUGAAAUUCUCCUUGUCCCUGGAGAACGUGCUCUAUUACAGCCCAGGAGGGGCAGGCGGUGACACGUUGGUGAGGUAUUUUGCAAAUGAGCCAUUUGCUGACUUCCACCGUGUGGAGGGGUUACAAGGAGUCUAUAUCGCUACUCUGAUUAACGGUUCGAUGAAUGAGGAGAACAUGCGAUCAGUCAUCACCUUUGACAAAGGGGGUACCUGGGAGUUCCUUCAGGCUCCAGCCUUCACGGGAUAUGGAGAAAAAAUCAACUGUGAGCUCUCCCAGGGCUGUUCCCUCCACCUGGCCCAGCGGCUCAGUCAGCUGCUCAACCUCCAGCUUCGGAGGAUGCCCAUCCUGUCCAAGGAGUCCGCUCCUGGUCUCAUCAUUGCCACUGGUUCAGUGGGAAAGAACUUGGCAAGCAAGACGAACGUGUACAUCUCUAGCAGUGCCGGAGCCCGGUGGCGAGAGGCACUUCCUGGACCUCACUACUAUACCUGGGGAGACCAUGGCGGCAUCAUCAUGGCCAUCGCCCAGGGCAUGGAAACCAAUGAGCUGAAGUACAGUACCAAUGAAGGGGAGACCUGGAAAACGUUCAUCUUCUCUGAGAGGCCAGUCUUUGUCUACGGUCUCCUCACAGAACCUGGGGAGAAGAGCACUGUCUUCACCAUCUUUGGCUCCAACAAAGAGAAUGUCCACAACUGGCUGAUCCUCCAGGUCAAUGCCACGGACGCCUUGGGGGUUCCCUGCACAGAGAAUGACUACAAGCUGUGGUCGCCGUCUGAUGAGCGGGGCAACGAGUGUUUGCUAGGACACAAGACUGUUUUCAAACGGAGGACACCGCACGCAACAUGCUUUAAUGGAGAAGACUUUGACAGGCCGGUGGUGGUGUCCAACUGCUCCUGCACCCGGCAGGACUAUGAAUGUGACUUUGGCUUCAAGAUGAGUGAAGAUUUCUUCUUAGAGGUUUGUGUUCCGGAUCCUGAGUUUUCUGGGAAGUCCUACGCUCCUCCUAUGCCUUGUCCUGUGGGUUCUACUUAUAGGAGAACAAGAGGGUAUCGGAAGAUUUCUGGGGACACUUGCAGUGGAGGAGACGUUGAAACACGACUGGAAGGAGAACUGGUCCCAUGUCCCUUGGCAGAGGAGAAUGAAUUCAUCCUGUACGCCAUGCGGAGGUCCAUCCACCGCUAUGACCUGGCCUCAGGAGCCACGGAGCAGUUGCCUCUCACCGGCUUGCGGGCAGCUGUGGCUCUGGAUUUUGACUAUGAGCACAACUGCUUAUAUUGGUCGGACCUGGCCUUGGACAUCAUCCAGCGCCUCUGUUUGAAUGGGAGUACAGGGCAAGAAGUGAUCAUCAAUUCUGGCCUGGAGACCGUAGAAGCCUUGGCUUUUGAAUCCCUCAGCCAGUUACUGUAUUGGGUAGAUUCUGGCUUUAAAAAGAUUGAGGUAGCUAAUCCAGAUGGUGACUUCCGACUCACGAUCGUCAACUCCUCUGUGCUCGAUCGGCCCAGGGCUCUGGUCCUCCUGCCCCAGGAUGGGGUGAUGUUCUGGACCGACUGGGGGGACCUGAAGCCUGGAAUUUAUCGGAGCAACAUGGAUGGUUCUGCCGUCCAUCGUCUCGUGUCAGAGGAUGUGAAGUGGCCCAAUGGCAUCUCUGUGGAUGACCAGUGGAUCUACUGGACAGACGCCUACCUGGACUGCAUUGAGCGGAUCACUUUUGAUGGCCAGCGGCGCUCGAUCGUCCUGGACAACCUCCCCCACCCCUACGCCAUUGCUGUCUUUAAGAAUGAAAUCUACUGGGAUGACUGGUCACAGCUCAGCAUCUUCCGAGCUUCCAAAUUCAGCGGGUCCCAGAUGGCGGUUCUCAAGAGCGAGCUCACGGGGCUGAUGGACAUGAAGAUUUUCUACAAGGGCAAGACAACUGGAAGCAAUGCCUGCGUGCCCAGGCCCUGCAGCCUGCUGUGCUUGCCCAAGGCCAACAACAGUAAGAGCUGCCGGUGUCCAGAUGGCGUGGCCAGCAGCAUCCUGCCAUCUGGUGACCUGAUGUGUGAGUGCCCCCGGGGCUACCAGCAGGAAAACCACACCUGCAUCAAAGAAGAGAACACCUGUCUCCGCAACCAGUAUCGCUGCAGCAACGGGAACUGUAUCAACAGCAUCUGGUGGUGUGAUUUUGACAAUGACUGUGGUGACAUGAGCGACGAGAGAAACUGCCCUACUACCAUUUGUGAUCUGGACACUCAGUUCCGCUGCCAGGAGUCUGGGACCUGCAUCCCUCUCUCCUACAAGUGUGACCUGGAGGAUGACUGUGGAGACAACAGCGAUGAAAGUCACUGUGAAAUGCACCAGUGUCGGAGUGACGAAUACAGCUGCAGCUCUGGCAUGUGCAUCCGCUCCUCCUGGGUGUGUGAUGGAGACAAUGACUGCAGGGACUGGUCUGAUGAAGCCAACUGUACUGCCAUCUAUCACACCUGCGAGGUCUCCAACUUCCAGUGUCACAACGGGCACUGUAUUCCCCAGCGGUGGGCGUGUGAUGGUGACAUGGAUUGCCAGGAUGGUUCUGACGAGGACCCAGUGAACUGCGAGAAGAAGUGCAAUGGAUUCCGCUGCCCGAAUGGCACCUGCAUCCCAUCCAGCAAGCACUGUGACGGUCUGCGGGAUUGCUCCGAUGGCGCGGAUGAACAGCACUGCGAGCCCCUCUGCACGCGCUUCAUGGACUUCGUGUGCAAGAACCGCCAGCAAUGCCUGUUCCACUCCAUGGUGUGUGACGGGAUCGUCCAGUGCCGUGACGGCUCCGAUGAGGAUGCGACGUUCGCAGGCUGCUCGGAAGACCCCGAGUUCCACAAGGUUUGUGACGAGUUCAGUUUCCAGUGCCAGAACGGAGUGUGCAUCAGCCUGAUUUGGAAGUGCGACGGCAUGGAUGACUGUGGUGACUACUCCGAUGAAGCCAACUGUGAAAACCCCACAGAAGCCCCGAACUGCUCCCGCUACUUCCAGUUCCGCUGUGAGAAUGGCCACUGCAUCCCCAACAGGUGGAAAUGUGACGGGGAGAACGACUGCGGGGACUGGUCUGAUGAGAAGGACUGCGGAGAUUUACAUAUCCUUCCCUCCCCUACUCCCGGGCCCUCCACGUGUCUGCCCAAUUACUACCGCUGCAGCAGCGGGGCGUGCGUGAUGGACAGCUGGGUGUGCGACGGGUACCGGGAUUGUGCCGACGGCUCGGAUGAAGAAGCCUGCCCCUCGCCCGCAAAUGUCACUACUGCCUCUGUUCCCACUCACCGUGGGCUCUGUGACCGAUUUGAAUUUGAAUGCCGCCAACCAAAGAAAUGUAUCCCCAACUGGAAGCGCUGUGACGGCCACCAGGAUUGCCAGGAUGGCCAGGACGAGGCCAACUGCCCCACACACAGCACCUUGACCUGCAUGAGCAGGGAGUUCAAGUGUGAGGAUGGCGAGGCCUGCAUCGUGCUCUCUGAGCGCUGCGAUGGCUUCCUGGACUGCUCGGACGAGAGUGACGAGAGGGACUGCAGCGAUGAACUAACUGUAUACAAGGUACAGAAUCUUCAGUGGACGGCUGACUUCUCUGGGGAUGUCACUUUGACCUGGAUACGGCCCAAGAAGAUGCCCUCUGCUUCUUGUGUCUAUAACGUCUACUACAGGGUGGUUGGAGAGGGCAUUUGGAAGACUGUGGAGACCCACAGCAAUAAAACAAACAUGAUAUUGAAAGUCUUGAAGCCAGACACCACGUAUCAGGUUAAAGUCCAGGUCCAGUGUCUGAGCAAAGUGCACAACACCAACGACUUCGUGACUCUGAGAACCCCAGAAGGAUUGCCAGACGCCCCUCAGAAUCUCCAGCUGUCACUCCACAGGGAAGAGGAAGGUGUGAUCGUGGCCCACUGGAUCCCUCCCACCCACACCCAUGGCCUCAUUCGAGAGUACAUUGUGGAAUACAGCAGGAGUGGUUCCAAGAUGUGGGCCUCCCAGAGGGCUGUUAGCAACUUUACCGAAAUAAAGAAUUUGUUGGUCAACGCUCCGUAUACGGUCAGAGUGGCUGCGGUGACAAGCCGUGGAGUGGGAAACUGGAGCGACUCUAAAUCCAUUACCACCGUCAAAGGAAAAGUGAUCCCACCCCCAGACAUCCACAUCGACAGCUUUGGCGAGAAUUCCCUAAGCUUUACCCUGACCAUGGAGAGCGACGUCAAGGUGAAUGGCUACGUGGUGAACCUCUGCUGGGCAUUUGACACCCAUAAACAAGAGAAGAAAACUUUGAACUUCCGGGGGAGCAUCUUGUCACACAAAGUUGCCAAUCUGACUGCUCAUACGUCCUAUGAGAUUUCUGCUUGGGCCAAGACUGAUCUGGGGGACAGUCCUCUGGCAUUUGAGCAUGUCACGACCAAGGGAGUCCGCCCUCCCGCUCCUAGCCUCAAAGCCAAGGCCAUCAAUCAGACUGCAGUGGAAUGCACCUGGACGGGCCCCAGGAACGUGGUUUAUGGUAUUUUCUAUGCUACAUCCUUCCUUGACCUGUACCGCAAUCCGAAGAGCUUGACUACUUCCCUCCACAACAAAACAGUCAUUGUCAGUAGGGAUGAGCAGUAUUUGUUUCUGGUCCGGGUGGUGGUGCCCUACCAGGGCCCGUCCUCUGACUACGUUGUGGUGAGGAUGAUCCCAGACAGCAGGCUCCCACCUCGGCACCUCCACGUGGUUCAUACCGGCAAAACCUCUGCUGUCAUCAAGUGGGAGUCCCCGUAUGAUGCUCCUGACCAGGACCUGUUAUAUGCAAUUGCUGUUAAAGAUCUAAUAAGAAAGAGCGAUAGGAGCUACAAAAUAAAAUCCCGCAACAGUACCGUGGAGUACACCCUGAACAAGUUGGAGCCCGGAGGGAAAUACCACAUCAUCGUCCAGCUGGGGAACAUGAGCAAAGAUUCCAGCGUAAAAAUCACCACAGUUUCAUUAUCCGCACCUGAUGCCUUAAAAAUCAUCACAGAAAAUGACCACGUUCUUCUGUUUUGGAAAAGUCUGGCUCUGAAGGAGAAGCAUUUUAAUGAAAGCAGGGGCUACGAGAUACACAUGUUUGAUAGUGCCAUGAAUAUCUCAGCAUACCUUGGGAAUACUACUGACAACUUCUUUAAAAUUUCCAACCUGAAAUUGGGUCAUAAUUACACUUUCACUGUGCAAGCAAGAUGCCUUUUUGGCAGCCAGAUUUGUGGGGAGCCUGCUGUCCUGCUGUAUGAUGAGCUGGGGUCUGGUGGGGGCGCCUCAGCGUUUCAGGCCGCCAGGUCUACUGACGUCGCUGCCGUGGUGGUACCCAUCCUGUUCCUGAUUCUGCUGAGCCUGGGGGUCGGGUUCGCCAUCCUGUACACAAAGCAUCGGAGGCUGCAGAGCAGCUUCACCGCCUUCGCCAACAGCCAUUACAGCUCCCGGCUGGGCUCGGCCAUCUUCUCCUCGGGGGAUGACCUGGGAGAGGAUGAUGAAGAUGCUCCUAUGAUAACUGGAUUUUCAGAUGACGUCCCCAUGGUGAUAGCCUGAAAGCUUUCCUCACUAGAAACCAAAUGGUGUAAAUAUUUUAUUUGAUAAAGAUAGUGGAUGGUUUAUUUUAAAAGAUGCACUUUGAGUUGCAAUAUGUUAUUUUUAUAUGGGCCAAAAACAAAACAAAACAAAAAAAAAAAAAAGGAAAGAAAGGAAUGAAUACACUUUGUAGUAAUCAACUGUGAACUUCAAACCAGGUUGAUUUUAGUAACCAAAUUGCUUUGAUUUCAUAUUAAUGUAGUCUUACAGGGCUGUGCUUGCUGGGCAUGCUUUUAAGUCUGUGAGAUAAUUUUGGUUCAAUAAAUUGGCCGUUCUUUUUAUUUUUCUAAGACACAGAAAUGUAUUUAAAUAAAAAACUUCAAGAGAGGGUGAUGGGUGAAAUCCCUCCCACCCCCGCUCAUUGAAAGUGUGCUCAAAUUUUAAAUUUUGUUCGGAUUUAGUUUCUAUGAAAGUGUAUGCGUGUAUUCUGGGAGAGGGCGGGGGUGGGGAAGGGAAGGUUCUUUUCUGUAAUUUUGUUAAUUUAUUGGGACUCCGUAAGAGGCAAGGCUUUAGUGGUCAUCUGACUCUGCACGUCACGAGGGGUCGCAGGGCUGAGAGGUGGGGACCAGAAGCAGUUUCGUUGCCGUUCGCGGAACAGGCCGUUUUUGUUCGCUUGUGUGUCACUUAAUGGUGUUUGGCAGGAGAGCACAUUGACUCAUUGCUCAGUUUCAGUUAAACAGAGCUGCAGCUCGGGAGGCCCUGCAAGCCACAGCAUCUUCUCUUACGUUACUGGACAGAAUCUCACUGUAUACGCCUCUGCACAAGAUGUAGCCUUCGGCGCUACACGAUGACAGCACUGCUUCAUUAUACACUGGUGUCAUGGUCAUUGCCACGAACGACUCUGCUUGUGGGAGAGUUCCAGAUCUGUGCCAUGAUAGAUACACUGGCAGAUCGAGUACCUACUUUGUCCUUUGCGGAUAUUUGGUUUUUACUUAACCACCGAAGAAUCUCGAAACCUCGAAUGUAAAGUUUUAUAUUUAUGUUGAGGGUGGCCACUUACUGUCUUGAAAGCUCUACACCUGAUAUAUGCAGUCAUUUUGAAUUGGGUCAGUGCCUUCUCUCUCUCUCUCUCUCUCUCUCUCUCUCUCUCUCUCUUCUUUCCUUCCACCUCCUUCCCCUCCCCUGUACCCCCACCCAGUGCAAAGAGUGCCAUUCACACAUGGAUACAGGAGAUGGAUGGAUUUGAGACCAUUCUAUCCAAUUGACAGUUGCAGCAACACUACAGUUUCUUCAGUCUGUAGAACAAACUGAGCUUUUUAAAAAUUUUUCCUUCUGCCUUUCAGUGCCACCCCGGUAUUCAGAUCAUGGCCACUUGAUAGGUUUGUGGAAUCCACCGUGGAUUGAUGCUCGUAGGCACCAAUGUCCAGCGCUGCCGUGACUCCUACUGUAUGAGCCUCACUGCAGAACUUCUCAGCGGAGAAGCCUUGAGCUCUGGGGAUAUUCCAAAGUCAUAUUUCUGAAUAUACAUCCUUUAUAUGCAAGCUUUGUAAAGGCCCCUUCUCCUCUGAGGUGCACUGUAUCACCUUCUCACAAGUAUUUGCUUUCUUUAAACCAAAAGUAUCAUUCUUGUGUGAGGAUAUAGUUUUGUUCUAUCUAGUGAUUGCCUGGAAAACAAAGAGCCAAUUAAAUUCUUUAAGUUUUAAAAAUUUUAAUUUAUAUAUAUAUAUAACAAAGAGUAUUUUAAACUGUAGACACGUAGUAUGUCACGUGCUAAGGCCCCAUGUUAUUUUAACAAGUGGUGAUCAUGAUGAGCCUCCUUCCAGCAUUUUUUCCCCUUCCUCUAUGACUUUUUUAAAGAAUGGCAUUUCUUUGACUUUAUCCUGUCUUAUCUUGGAGUUUUGUUCAAAACUCCUAAGCGCUGCCCCCCCUCCCUUUAGUGAAGCUCUUUAAGUAGCUGAAAGAUGAAUAGUCAGGUGGGAGGCAAAGUCAUUUAAUUGAAGCACUAGAAAGUAUAUUUUCUUCUUUUCUUUUUCUGCCGACUUUUUGUUGGCAUUCGUAAAAGCUGAUAUAAAAGGCUCUGAGACUUCAUUUUCCAUUAUUCUGUAGGCAAGCCUUUUUCCAGAGCCUGUGACUCCAGUGGACAACGUGAGAUAUUUCUGAGCAUCCGGUCAUUGUUAGCAGUGCCUCCCAGGGCCAGCCCACAGUACUGUAUAGACCGGCCAUUCCUCUCCCCCCCCCCUCCCCCCAGAAUAUGCCACUGUGCUGUUUGAGAAAAAGCAGCCUUUUAGGGCUAGAGUAUUUUCUAUAAACAGAAGAGCUACGUUUCUGAAGACUAAGCUAGGUAGAUGCAGCUAUGUGUAAAUUGUAUAUUUUUAUGAACUUUUCACGCACGCACUCUUCCUUCUCCAUAGUUUGGUGGGCUUUGGGUGUACACCUGCCAUCUGCAAGAGUCCAGAGGUUGGAGUGGCCAUAGGAAAUGAGAACACAGAGUAUGUGCAGCCUUUGAAGGGACCCGAUAAUUGUCUUCACUGUGACCGAUUGGAGCCCCUGGUGGUUUGUGAAGAAGGGGCUUUUUAUUUUUAUUUUUAUUUUUUUUUUGUACCUUUGUUGGAGAUGCCACCUCAGAAGUUCACACUGUACCAGGAAAAGAUUUCAUUCUCUCCCAGCCCACGUUAGAGUGUCCGAAGCCCACAUCCACGUGGACUAUAUGGGCCACCAACGGACCACUCCAGUUUGGCAGGCAGGGCGAUUGUGUACAGAUUUUCUCUGGAAGCUGAUUUUUGCCCCUUUAUAUCUUGAAUGCCCCUUGAGCCUUAUGAGAUACGGGUCCAGGCGGAUGAAAUGACAGAGAGUAGAAUUCUGCAGAAGAGUCCGGGGAGGAGCCGUGUCUCUGCAGAUGUUUCCAGACAGGUGAGAAGCUCCACUAAGUACUGGCUGCCCUGACAUACUGGGUACAAGGUUAUAUGAUGCUGGGUAACUGGAUGAAACUUUGGACUUUGGGAAGAGAGGUGGCUGGGAUUCCAUCUCUGCCCAUAUCACUAGGGACAUUUAGGUGGGAGAGAUGUGGGACACAGCUCUGUGUUCUCUCCUGCCCAUCAUCCUGGCCUACUAGAUUUAGGCUGUGCUUCAGCCAUCUAAGGAAUGUAACCCGUCUCAAACAGUGGCCAUUUGGGGGAGACCUGGGGAGAGUGAUGGUGUGGUUAGGCUCUUACAGAUAAUCACCCACUCCCCCUUGGAGAAUCCUGCCGUCAAAUAUUCACCCAGUGGUCACUCCAUCCUGUAAGAUUACAGUCCCAGUACAUCCUUAAGGGCAGAUACCUCAUCUUGUUAGCUUUGGUUGGUCACUCUCCUACUCAUGGGGUGAUGGUGAAUCCCCAAGAAGAUUUUUCUCUUCCUCCGGCAGACCUGGGAAACCCCUCAGAGAAGGGGUCUGGAAGAGAAGUCAACUGAAUACCAUCUCCAUAUUGAUUUUCAGAAUUGACUCUAAAACUCUGUGCAGAAUCUUCACUUUGUUGGGAUUGUAUCUUGACAUUCCUAGUAUGUUAUUUUUAUUAAACUGGAGUGUGUGCUGCCUUUCAGGUACAACUUUUGUGUAAUAAGAGCCAGUGCAUUAAGUUUAUAUAGACUACUUUCUAUGCAAGACUGAGAUAUGGAAUAGAUAGCGAGAGGUACGGAUAGUUGGGUACGUAGACAAUGAGCAUGUUCUCAGAAUGGAAGCCACCAUCGGAUGUGGGUUGAGGGAGGAUAGGUUGUGUAUAUGUUUCCGCCCACUAAUUUCGAGCAGCCAUAUUAUGAAGUAAAUCCUCAGAGCCAAGUAACCCAAGAAUGGUAUUCGUUUCAUGUUACAAUGAUGCAAAUGGGAUAAGUGUGAGUGCUGAAGUGGAACAUCAUUCUCAGAUAUUCCAUGUCAUUUCUCAUUUAAAGACUCUUGUUAUGAAUUAUUAGAAACUUUAGGCAAAAUUGAAGUAUCGGCAGCAAAAUAAAGGCCUACUCUGUUCUUAUUUAAAGUGAAACACUGUAUUCUUGUUUCCCUCCAAAGUGAAAUUAGGCAUUUAUGAUUUCAAUCACCUUGAUACGUUUCCAAAUCACCGAUUUAUGCUGAAGAUUUUACUAUAUUGUUGCACAAUUUUACGAUAAUUUUUGUCUCAAUGUCAACUUUUUUCACUGAAUAAAAAUUUAACUGGGUCAAGGAAA